CACAUCCUUGUGCAGUGUGACGCGUGUCGGAUACGGAAAAUCCGGUGCAAUCGAGAGCUCCCCUGCGCCCAUUGCGUUCAUGCGAAGAUAGAGUGCACGCACUCCGGAAAGAAGCCGCCAGAAAAGAGAAGCAGGAUCCUCUUGACUCAUCAGUACGAGAAGAAGAUUGAUGCUAUCGAGCGUCGCCUAGACAAGGUAGUUCACUUGCUCGAGGGUCUUCUCGCUAAGCAGCCUUCUUCUCCUUCACCCGCACCAACAUCUACGACCAAGCCACCGUCUCUGAAUAAUACGGCCGCUUCUGCUAGUCCAGCCACCUAUGGCAGCCAUACAAACGGAACCGAGGCCACUGGCUCUAUGGUCGAAGGCGAGUCGUCGCUGACGGCGCACUCAGUGUUCGCAAACAAUCUCCUUCAGAAAGUGGCCAGCACAGACUCGAGACCUGAGGUGCGGGAGAGGAUAGAUGCUCUGCGCAACAUGGUCGAGUCUAUGGAAAAGCAACCGGCAGCACGCGAAAUGGCGUACCCGCACGCGAAGCCCGUGCGACCAGUCACCCUCGAGGGCUGCGACGUGCCCCCGAUCGAGAAGACCCUGCAGCUCCUCAAGCUCACCAAGGCCCAGCCACAGAUCGGUGCGGCAUGGAUCCUUGAUCUGUUUCAGAUUGACCACUUCCCAGAGACGUGCCUCGCGCUUUACAUGGCAGAGGAAUAUAAUCCGGUCCAUUUUAUCAUUGUCAACGCCGGCUUGCACUUUCUGUACCGUGGUUAUGCUUACUACUUCCCUGACAAGACGGAGGAGUACCUUGCAUUGGCCCGUCUGUGCGGCGUCAACAUCGAGACGGCUCUGUCUAGCCUGCCUCUUCACCUGCCGGCAAAUGACGAUGUAGUCGAGGCUCUGUUGCUUGGGGCGUUUUACACCAUCGAGCUUGGGAAGCCGUCCUUGGCGUGGAUACUCUCGUCCAAAGCCUCGGAGAUGUGCCAGUCGCUCGGCUACCACCGCGCCGAUACGCACGCCAACAACGACUCAUCUGCUGGGGCGCGCCGCAAAAGACUCCUAUUCUGGGUAGUUUAUACCCUCGACAAAAGCUUGUCUCUCCGUCUUGGCCGGUCUUCUACCAUACAAGAUUACGACGUCACUGUGCCCGAGCCUCGCGAUGAGGAGACACAGCAUUCUGCCAGCCUUUCGUUCUUUAACCUUUGGAUCACCGAGUCCCGAAUACAAGGCCAGAUUUACGAGCUGCUCUAUUGCCCCGAAGCCCUUCGGCAGCCAGAGGCCGUGAGGAAGUCGAGGGCGAAGCUCCUGCUCGGUCGGCUCGACGAACUCGACACUUUGACCCAGAAGAUGUUGGACAAAUGGCACGGCUUGCUCAGGUCAGUCUCCCCUAGGGAGUUGGCCGAGUUCUUUGUGAUUUCGGACCAUGUCUUGCGGCUGUCGAUCAGAACUCUUAUCCACCGAGCCGUGCCUAAUCCACCAGGAUCUCCAACCACGUUCACAGCAGAGUGCAUUCAAACUGCUAGAGAAACGUUGGCCCGCCAUCAGGAGUGCAUGGCCGUGCUAGAGAAGACAACUGCUGGGCUGUUUUCCACCUACAUGAACUGGACCAUUCUUUUUGCGCCGUUUGUCCCGUUCAUCGUCGUUUUCUGCCAGGUGAUCGAGACCCGGGACAGGGCGGACCUCGCCCGGCUGGAGGCAUUCGUCAGCUCCCUGCAGCCGUAUACGGCCGUGUCUGAAGCGGUGGAUAGACUCCGCCGCCUCUUCCAGGUGCUCUACAGCGUCGCAUCACAGUUCGUCGAGUCCCAAACGGGACAGGGAAGAGACGGUCAGCAGCCUAGCACAGUCGACACCUGUCUGGCGGCCCUUGGCUUUCCGUCCCAACUCGGCCCGAGCUCGCAAGAAUCCGAAUACGAGACGGGAACGGCAAGCUUCGCAAGUGACCCGGCGUUUCAAAGGGGAGUAAAUCCCAUGAUUUGGAUGGGGAACGGCACAGAACUCGAAGACUGGUUCUAUAACAAUCAGUACAUGAUGGGCUUUAUGGAGGGAGCUGUUACGGAGGAGGCUAAUUAAAUGGCUCAGUAAUUAGCUACGACGCAACCAUUAGCCAACCCCUAAUUACUACAUACAUAUAUGAUGAUGUCCUAAUUGGACGCAAAUCUUUCUCACCAUAGCGGGACACGAAUUUACAGGCCUGCUAGCCACGAUGCGAUGGCCCGUUGCAUUGCCCC